AGAGAAGGAGAAUGAGGGAGGCAUAACUCUCUUGGUAUUUCUUGAUAUGUCCUUAGAUUGUAAGGGCACUUCCAAGACUGUGGCCAGCCUGCAAGCAGCUGUUUCUUAUUAUCAGCACGUCUGGAAUCUGUCAUCCCAUAGAAAUGACAGCGUCCCUACUCAGGCACCAAAAACGACAAGGAGCCUUCUAAGAAAGAAUUGAAUUGAUUUGUUUACUUUUAACUCUAGUAUCAGAAAGUGUCAUUCUUGUGUGGCAACCACAGUGGUGACAAUCUACAAAGACCUUCUGAGAGGCUACCUUUCUUGAACAGUAUGACACCAACUACAUCGAGUCAUCCAUCCUCAAGUUCAUGACAGAGACGGUUUCUCUUUUUCAAUCAGAGUAAUGAGUCUGUUGUAACCAUCAGUCAAGAGACUCCCCUUCACUGACAAGUUGAGAACAAGCGGCAAUCUGUCUGCAAAUAGCCUUGCAUCCACAACUCUACCGUCAAGAAGAUACGUCUAGAAGAAUAUAGUUUCAUCACCUUGAUCCUGCUGAGGUGUCAACAUACCUGCGUCAACUCUUGAAACAUCCCUACCACUGAGGAGGCACCAAACAGGCUGGCUGUACACUAGAUCGUUUAAUAAGGAUCUUUAGUUCACAGCCCUGCUUUGAGAGACACUCAACCCUUAGGCAGUAAUCACAGAUAACAUACGAAUAGAACGAACAGUGAUAUCAAACUGAGAGGAUUCUGAGGUACUGUGGCUGUUAGCCUGGCAAAUAUUUCUGGCAAGUAAUCCUAUAUUUUUACAAGCAGAAGAGACAAGGAGGGUUCUCAGCUCAUGUAAAAGUGUAGAGCAUCAAUACCCAGUCUUAGAAGAUUCUGUCAAGCAUCGUCCCUAAACAGGCAGUUCUUUACCCGUCAGUCUGCAGAGAGACAAACAAACACCUGUCGGAUCUUUAAGAGACUUCUGUUAAAGGAUUCUUCACUAAACCUCCUGACUUGUUAUGGCUGACUGGAGCUUGCUGGGGAACUUCCUAGAAGAAGUCCAGGAACAUUCCACCUCAGUGGGAAAAGUGUGGCUCACCAUCCUCUUCAUCUUCCGGAUCCUGGUCCUGGGCACGGCCGCCGAGUCCUCCUGGGGUGACGAACAGGAGGACUUCACCUGUGACACAGAGCAACCUGGUUGUGAAAACGUUUGUUAUGACCAAGCCUUUCCGAUAGCACACAUACGAUACUGGGUGCUUCAGAUAGUGUUCGUGUCCACACCUUCUCUUAUUUACAUGGGGCACGCCAUGCAUAGCGUCCGCAGGGAGGAGAAAAAAAGGAAAAAACUGGAAGAUGAGGGAGCUCAGAUAGAUGGAGAGAAGUACCCUGAAAAAGAGAAGGAUUGUGGGAAGGAGGAUGAGGGCGGAUGGGGGAAAGUUCGACUCAAGGGUGCCCUGUUACAAACGUAUGUACUUAGCAUCCUCAUUCGCAGUGUGAUGGAGGUGAUCUUUAUCGUAGUCCAGUACUUAAUCUAUGGAGUCUUCCUUAACACACUCUUCGUGUGUAGGGCAUCUCCGUGUCCACAUCCGGUGAACUGCUAUAUCUCACGACCUACAGAGAAGAAUGUAUUUAUUGUGUUUAUGUUAGUGGUUGCAGCUGUAUCGUUGUUGCUCAGUGUCGUAGAACUAUAUAAUUUGGCAUGGAAGCAGUGUAAAAAGAGUUUGCAAGGGUACAAGGCUUCCAAACAACAUCCAAAUACCCCUUCCACCGUGGCUGCAGUUUCACCAAAUCCAUCUACGCCAAACCGGGCGUGCACUCCACCACCUGACUUCAACCAGUGCCUGGUGACAUCACCGCCAUCUUCCCCUUCUAUACAUACACAUGCACACCCUCUCACACACCCAAGUUUCCCGCCUUUUCACGACCGUCUGGCGCACCAGCAAAAUUCGUUGAACAUGGUCACUGAACGUCACCAUGGUCAGGACUUCCUGGGAGUGGAUUUCUUCAAGCUAAGCUUCUCACAAAGGUCAACAGAGAUGCUCAACUUUUUUGCCUCUCCGUCAUUGCUAAGCAGUGAAUUUGUUGAGGACAAGCGAAGGUUUACCAAGAGCAGUGGGAACAGUAGUCGUAUGAGACCAGAUGACCUUGCAGUAUAACAUUGACCAAUCACAUUUGGACAAGGGAUGUGUAGUGUGACUAGGCAUAAGCCUGAUACAAAUAAUGUUGCUCUUGAUCUAAUAGAUCAAUGUUUGUAUCGCUGUUUCAUAGGCUUAUCUAGAACAUUUGUUCACACAUUUGCACAAUGGAUCAUGUGAGAAGUGCUGUUCACAAAAUGUUGUUCACCAUGAAAUCAAAAUUGAAUCUAUUAACUUUCUUAAUUUACGUUGAUGGACUUAUUGUCAUUUUUUCAGUGCACUUUAAUUCACAUGGAAUUAAAAUGGUUUGCAAACAGAAUUUCAUGUUGAAUUUUAUUUCACUUUGUCAACAAAUGUCAAAACAUAAUGCACUGAUGAAAUGCUUACAACCAAUGAUACAAAUAUAUAUAUAUAUAUAUAUAUAUAAAAAUCAGCAAAAAAAGAUACAUCCUCAUUUCUGGGGGGAAUGACCCUAGCACUCAACCUUCGAUCCUACAGGUCCCAGACUUGAAUUGAGAUCCAGGCUCUUUGCUGGCCAUGGUAGAACGUUGACAUUCCUGUCUUGCAGGAAAUCAUGCUCAGAACAAGCAUUAUAGCUGGUGGCAUUGUCAUGCUGGAGGGUCAUGUCAGGAUGUAGGAAGGGUACCACAUGAGGGAGGAGGAUGUCUUCUCUGUAACGCACAGCAUUGAGAUGGCCUGCAAUGACAACAAGCUCAGUCCGAUGAUGCUGUGACACACCUGCCUUAAAACAGGCCCUCAUUCCAGCUUCUCUCAGCCUAUUGCGGACAGUCUGAGCACUGAUGGAGGAAUUGUGCAUUUCUGGUUUAACUCGGGCAGUUGUUGUUGCCAUCCUGUACCUGUCCCGCAGGUGCCGAUCCUGUGCAGGUGUUGUUACACGUGCUCUGCCACUGCGAGGAUGAUCAGCUGUCCUUCCUGUCUCCCUAUAGCGCUAUCUUAGGCGUCUCAUAGUACUGACAUUGCAAUGUAUUGCCCUGGCCACAUCUGCAGUCCUCAUGCCUCCAUGCAGCAUGCCUAAGGCAUGUUCACGCAGAUGAACAGGGACCCUGGGCAUCUUUCUUUUGGUGUUUUUCAGAGUCUGUAGAAAGGUCUCUUUAGUGUCCUAAGUUUUUUUAACUGUGACCUUAAUUGCCUACUGUCUGUAAGCUGUUAGUGUCUUAACAACCAUUCCACAGGUGCAUGUUCAUUAAUUGUUUAUGGUUUAUGGCAAGCAUGAAAAACAUUGUUUAAACUUUUUUACAAUAAAGAUCU